GUUAAUGGGGAGUAUGAAAUAAAUAUGAUUCAAUAAUCCUUACUAUAUUUAAAUUUUAUAGUAUUAAAAUAUUAAUUAUUUUAUUAUCUAUUAUUAUUUUUAUUAGACAAGAUUUAUAUUGAACCUAAAUUAUAUAAUUCUUGUAAUUCAUAUUUAUUUGUUUUCAUUUACCUCUAAACAUGGGUAUUUCACGUGACAGCCGUCACAAGCGCCGUUUAACAGGUGGUCGUUAUCCUGUUCAUAAAAAGAAACGCAAAUAUGAACUUGGAAGGCCUUCAUCCAAUACAAAGUUGGGUUCAAAAUUGGUACGUAAAGUUAGAUGCAGAGGAGGAAACCUAAAAUUCAGAGCACUACGUUUAGACUCCGGAAAUUUCUCUUGGGGAUCACAAAAUGUGACUCGUAAAACUAGAGUAAUGGACGUUGUAUAUAAUGCUAGUAGCAAUGAAUUGGUCCGUACCAAAACCCUGGUCAAAAACGCAAUCGUAACAGUGGAUCCAACACCCUUCAAACUAUGGUUUAAGACACAUUAUGGACUCGAGCUUGGAAAAUCCUCCGAAGAUCCACAAGCAUCUGAAAAGGUCGCCGCACUGGUACCCAGAACACUCCUGGACCAGUUUUCUUCUGGACGUCUUCUGGCUUGUAUCAGCUCCAGACCUGGCCAAUGUGGAAGAUGUGAUGGUUACGUACUGGAAGGCGAAGAGUUAAACUUCUACCGUAGACGUAUGGAUAAGAAGAAACGCGUUUAAUUUAAUCCUCAAUAUACUAUUGCUAAUA